AUGGCUGAACCAGAACCCUGGAGGAAAACUGGCCGUAAGGCCAAAGAGGACCACUGGCUGGGACUUGCAGCUGAUGUCCUGGUCGAACUGGCGGUUUACGAUGACCGCGGAAACCAACAAGGGCGAAUGGUGGCCCAACUCAAAGGCAAAGGAGAGACGGCAGCCAGAGAGGAAGGACAGGUCUGGCUGGCAAAGGUCCUUGGUAUCGAGGACCCCUACUUUGAUUGGUGGUUUCAGCAAACUUAUGGUGAAAAUCAGGUGCCACUACAUGCUUGCAGUCGACAGGCAUUUCAAUGCCGUGCCGGGACCCUGUAUCGAAAUCCAUUGCACAUGGAUGUUUUCAGGGUGCUCCCAGGGAGAACUGCAAUGGGCCUUAGCUGGCUUUCGGAUGACGAGAAGAAGAAUGUUGAGGCUGCCUUGCCGGCAAUCUCACCUGGUGAGGUAGCUCCUGAGGCUGAUGCUUCAGGAGGCGUACUCGCCAGGGGGGAGGCAACGGUGGCAACAGGAGAAGAGGGCAUACGAGGGCUGGCGGAUGCGCUGGGGUCAAAGGCUCGAGCAGAGGCCAAGGAUGAUGAUGAGGAAAAGCCAGUCCCUAAACGCCGGAAGAAGGCUGCACGAGAUGAUAAAGAAAAGCCUGAAGGGACUGGACGGUUGCAGGAAGUGCUGCAAGAACGUACGGCAGCAGCCCCUGAGCUCUCGGCCUUGAAGAUGCCACGUGGCAAGAAGGACAGGGAUAAGAAGAAGAAGAAGAGGGAGGCUAAGGCCAAGAAGAGGACACAGAGGUCAGGUGAUUCCUCUUCUACUUCUUCAUCGAGCAGUGGCAGUUCUGAGGGGUCAGUUUUUCGGCUGGCCGCCCUACCCCAGGGAGUAGAGAAGUUGCAGCGCUUACAUCAGGAGAGACCAGGAACGUUAGCAAACCUGACCCUGAAGCGCUUCAGCGAGCUCCUGAACCGAAGCGUGGGGGGGGGAUCGGCCGGAUCAGCCUCGGAUCUUCCACCGACAGCUCGAGCUUAUCUGACACAGAUCUACCUGGUGAAGAACCCGGAGUCAAGCCUCGGUUUGAGGAACUUGCUGGGAACUCCGCACCCUAGCGGCCAUGGUGGACCUCAUGGCCUCGAACGACACGCUUCGAGCCUUGGACAUAGCCCUUCAAAGGAUGAAGGCAAUCGAGGUGUUCGUGGCCCAGGGAAACUGGACACAGGCGACGAUGCUGGAGCUGGUGCCAGCGGAAGGAGAACAGAGAGCUUGUUUCAGACAGGAAUUGAAGGCAGCACAGCAAGAGGCGAAGUCAGAGAGCAAGAUGCUACAGGAUCAAUGGAGCCGACGGAGAAGAACAUGGGAAGGAGGCACCGGAGGAGGAGUGCCUCCAAACAACGAGACAAAGGGCGACGCAGAAAAAGGCGACACUCCGCCCAACAACGGGCCCAAGGGCCGGAAGGGCAGAGGAAAAGGCAAAAAGGGAAAGCGAUGGUAGAAGCUGAGCAAGCCAAUGCUGGUGUGUGGCCGAAGGUGAAAUCGCUGGUGGACCCGGAAUUAGAGGGUUCCAAUUUAGCCGGCCUCGAGAAGGUGUGCUCAUCUGAAGAGGUGGGUGCGAUCUGGGAGUGCCUAAGGUCGGCCUUUCCAACCAAGCAGGUUUGGGAAGAAAUGGAAAUGCAAUUUGCGAAGUCCCUAAUUUUGAUGAACGGACUUCCAGAGGAUCUUAUCAUCAAAGAGAUUGGUCGAGCUUGGAAGUUUCCUGAACAAGAAGCAGACCCUGCAUACAACAGGCAUGUGAUGGGUUCCUUGGGGCUCCCGGCGAUUCCUCUGGACGCUGUUCCAGGGGAGGUCGAAGGGAAUCUCUGGGGGACUCAUCGAGGCGUUGAGAUACGUCUCAUGCCGUCGAACUUCACCGGGUUGAAUGGAGUCUUCGUGGGCAAAGGCCGGAAAGACCAGCCAGAUUCCAUCUUCACAAAAGAAAGACUGCCCACACUCAGGACAAAUGUGGUGAAGGAUAUGCUGACGGGGAGGCGUCUUUAUGUGGCAGCUGGCAAUGAGAGCUGGGCAAAAGAGCUAAUUGAUAAGCUGGAGCUUGAAGGUGGAACUAUCCUGGAAAUGGGAACCUGGACGAAAGGCUUGAGGAAGCUAUUCUCAAAGCCGCUGACUCUGAAGCUUGCCGGGGUGAUGCUUAAGACUAUGUUGCUCCAUCGCCCGGGCCACUUGGGGAACUUCACACGAAGUUUCCUAUGCUGCGCUUUGGAGACCUUUCAGAAGUCGGCGGUAGAGUUGCUCCCGAUGGCCUUGCCGCCAGGAACUGCAGAGGAGAGCAAGCUGAUUGAAUUGCUCACCGAGACCGCUUUCAUUAAUGAGCCGCUCCAGAAUGAAGAAUUGGAACGAUUUGAGCAAAUGGCCGAGACCACAGGAGCUGAGGCGUGGGUCUGGCUACAGGUGCUGAUGAUGAAUGCGAUGUACUGCGGGGGAGGCACUGCUCGAAUGCUGACGGACACUAUGAGCCAUUCUAUAGCGUGGACGGAUGCACAGGCUGAAGUGAUCACUAGGCAGCGUGACUACGCGCAGGCCUGGGUCGAGACAAAUCAUGAGAAGCUGACCCUGGGUGAGUGGGAUGAGUUGUCUGAGGACCUCAGUGGCAUCUAUACAGGAGCAGGGGCUGGAAAGUCAUAUCCGCUGACCCUGGAGGCCAUCCGCCCAACGACCCCAGGGAAAGGUGAAGCCGGGCGUGUUGAUCUUUGCGAAGUUGUGAGCGAGGAGUUGAAGCCUUUCGUGGAAACCCCUGAGCUGCUUAGGGUUCCAGACGAGGAGUUAACUCAUCCCCGCACCACUGCUGCAGUUCAAGUGACCAAUCAGGAUGAAUGGGACAAGAUUGUAUCCCACUUGGUGGAGUCGGAGAUGCUGGAGCGUGAGAAACCCGCAGAGACGCUGAGGUACAAAGACACCCCAGUGCGGAAUGGAGCAUUUGGAGUGCACAAGGGGUGGGUCCUGCGAGAGGAUCAGACCUGGCUGAGAACCUUGCGGCUCAUCAUUAACCUCAUACCUUCGAACAGCUUUCAGCGUCGGGUGCCAAGCAAACCCUCGCAACGUAUGGGGUACGGGCCCUCAUGGGGGCGUCUAUACCUUCAUGAUGAUGAAGUGAUUUUGUGCUGUGCGGAAGACCAAAAACACGGCUUCCAUGUGUACCGUCCGGGGUAUGCUUGGCGAGGAUACUUCGUACUCAACCGCAAAGCCAGUGGAGCAGCAUUCCAUGAUGGGAACCCCGAGGCUGGAUACCCCAGAGUGCGGUCGGCCCCCAUGGGAUGGAACAAUGUCGUUGACUUCAUCCAAGAUGGCUUUGAGACCCUUGCCAAACGAGCUCAGCUGGACCCGGGGCAAAUGAUCCGAAUGGAAGUCAAUUUCGUGGGAAAUGGGCCUUUUUCAUUGGAUUUGGGCCUGUCCACGGAGCAAGCCUGCAAGGCCUGCAAUGCUUGGCGCAACCAUGGGCUGCGCAGCUUCAAGCUGAAGCCACAGCUGCCGCCGUCACGGGCUCAAAUUUUACUCUCGGCUUUGGUGCUUUGGUGGGAUGAUGAUGCCCGGGAUGCCAUCACAGGCUGCAACGUCACCGCCAUCAUCACAUCCGCCAUCAUCCGCCAAGGUGGCGUCAACAGUGGCACCACCGACCGCCAAGGCGGCGUCACCAGUGGCACCACCGACCGCCAAGGUGCUGUGACUGUGUUGCUGCAUUUUUUCAAACAUGUUUUUUCUGUCUUUCUGCUGAAGGCAGAGGGCACUACGCCACGGGCCUUCAAGGACCAGCCUGCGAAAAAGCAGAAGGUCAUCAAGUCGAAGGCGAUGCCGGCCAAGGGGUGCCCCGAAUGGAAUGCCAUCUACGACCUCAAGUUCGGCAAGCCAUUGACGGAGCUGAAGCACUGGCUGGUUGUUGGUGGGCGGUUCGACUUGGCGAAGAUCCCGCAGAAGCUGCAGAGGAAGAUCGCCAUCAUCAACUGCCAGAACAAAGAGUGGGCGGAUCUCUUCCGCAGUGCGCAGGGCAUGGUCGAGAACGGCCGCAAGACCAUCGUUGUGGUGUGCAAUGGGGGCCGCCACAGAUCAGCAGCUGUGGCGUGCGCCCUGUUGGUGAUGGGCGAUGGACUCUCUGUGGAAGCGGCGGAAGAGUACAUCUUUCAGCGCCGCGCCUGGGCAGAGCCAUGGGCGACAAGAUGGUUCGUUGAGUGGUGCGAGCUCAACAAGGAGCAGCUGUGGGUUCCAAAGAAAAAGGGAGGCUACGAGAACUUCAAAGGUUUCAAGCUCAGAACAAGUCACCACGAGCGCCUGCACCCAUCCCUCUGGGUUCACAAUCAGCAUGUGCUGGAGCAGGCUGAACCCCUGCUGGAUUCCGCGCAGCCUAACCAGCGCCUUGUUCUCUUCCAGCAGCUGGCAAGCCAGUCUCGGGAGCGAGAGAACCCUCGAGCUCAGCUUUUCCAAUUUGUUGCAGAAGCACGACGCACAGAUCGAUCACGGAGCCCUGCUGAACGUCCUUCUUCGUCUGCGGGGCUUUCGGUGACAACUUCGGGUUUCAAGUCCAUGUCCGAAGCAUUUGCAAUCAUCCCAGAGCAGAUUACGCAGUCCAUGGCAAAUGAAGUGGGCCAGGACCGUGUUGAUGCAGCCUUGCAGAAGUUGGCCACGGCACAUGUUACAACUUCGUUUUCAGGUUCCGGGCUUGCAGAGGUUGCAGUUGCGGCAUUGGGGGCGCAACAUGCCACCAGAGUGCAUUUUGGCCGUGCGAUAGAGUGGCUUCCAGUGUGCCAAAAAGUGCUAUCAGCUCGCGACCCUGGAAGGUGCAUCUUCGAGGACAUCUCCAGUCUUACAGGGAAGAUCCAAUGCUCCAAAAAGGGCAGUGUUCAUUGCAGAAAUGUUGCUAGGAAAGCACACUGCGUGACACACAAGGGUAUGUGUGAAGCUCAGCCAGCCAAGUUGACAGAGCAGUGGAGGAUGGAAAUUGGAGGGCCGCCGUGCCCACCUUGGUCAUCAUUCGGGUCAGGCCUAGGUACUGAUGACCACCGGUACACCUACAUGCAAGCUUGGGCAUGCUUGAUCCUUAAGGAGCUGCCAGACAUUGUGCUGUUUGAGAAUGUGUCGCGUUUUGAGCGCAGAUUGCUCGAGGUGCUGUUGGGGAAGUCGUAUAAUAUAUUCCUGGAUGACCUGGACCCACGAUUUUUUGGAUACCCAAUGGCACGUCCAAGAUGCUAUGGUAUCUUGGUUUUGAAGCAACACAAAUGGAUUGGCCCAUCUCAGAGUUGGCUGGAGUGCAUGGCAGCUGUGAAACGUUUGCCUGCCAAAAAUGACCCGCUCAUUUUCGCUGAGAGACCAGAUUUGGCUUCGAGGAGACAGCUGACAGACUCCGAGAAAAAACAUUUGAAGCAAUAUGAAAGUUUAGAGCCCGACCACAGGCUGUAUGGCAAAGACAUCGUGGAUUUGCAGCAGAGUACCGGAAGAUGUGAUGUAUCCAUACCUGUGGCUCCAGCUGGCAGCGCAGUGUGCGUGCCAAGCCUCAAUUCGGUGACUGGCCUGGCUGAUUGGUUGCUGCCUGGGGCAAUGCCAGGUAAGCGGAAAUCGCUCACCAAUACCGAUGCCAGAUGUGACAAGAAGAUCAAGCAGCGUUCUACCUCCUUUUGGGCGGAGCUGGCUGGGACUCGUGCGGAAGGGAGUCAUCCUAGUGCAGAAGCGAGUCAUCCUGGUGCGGAAGUGAGUCAUCCUGGUGCGGAAGUGAGUCAUCCAGUGCAGAGGAGUGAUGGUCAUCAAAGCCGUCAAGCUUUGUUCCAAUCCAUUGCAGCAAAAACAUGUGCAGCUGAUAGACCCGUUGCAGUGUCCAAUCACGCAGCUGGGUCUUCGCCCAGUGAUUCGGAGCAUUUGUCAUUGGAGCUGAUUGAGGAGGAAGUGGCCAAAGCUGCUUCUGCCCUGCCGGCGAUGCCAAAGGAUGACUUGAGAUCCAAACGGCCACACUACAACAGCAAGCGGCGCAAGGCCAAAGCUGCUGCAGCUGCUGCUGUGUCCUUGAAGAAGCCCAUGACCUCUGAUCAGAAGAAGCGAAUGGACCAGAACCGGGUUCAGGAGCUCGUCAACAGAGAGUGCUGUGACUGCAGUAGGGGCACCUGUUGGAACCAGUUCAAACCAGUUUUUGCAACCUUGAUGGCCGUGAUGGCUGCGUUUGCUACAGCUGCAAAAGGUGUCCGUGAUGAAAUUUUGCGGAAGAUUGGUUCACCGAAUCUCAUUGGUGUGCUUGGGCACUACUUGGGCAAAGAGUGUUUUCGCGUCUUGUUUUUGCUGGGUCGGGUGCGCCUAUUUUCAGCUGCAAAGGGCCAGAUCAAUCCUGAUCGACGAUUGAAGGGGCAAGCUCGACUCCUGCGAGAGAAACACAUGUCGCGAAAGUGCCGUUUAUACCUGGUCACUCUGUAUUGCAGGCUUGGAGAAACCCUUCCACACAAGUACAGAGGAAAGUUCAGCAAGAGACGGCAAAAGCGAAUGUCAGGAAUAGAUCCGUAUGGAAGCAGCAGCAGCAGUGAUGAUGAGAUCAUUACAGAUGAACAAGAGGCCGCAGCAGUCAAGGCAGAGAUCUUCGCUGACAACACACAUUUUGCGAGGAUGGUGGAGAGUGGUUGCGGAGAACACCUCUUAGAUCUUCCUCUGCGCUACCGGGAGCUCUACAAGGCCACCAUGGACCUUCGCCAGCACUACAAGGAGGUGACCUUGAGCAGGGAGAUUGAGGCCAGCUUGAGGAGAACACCGCCAUCAGCGGCGAAACCAAUAUUACUCAUCCUGACAGACGGGAUGGACCAGGCCCACUGGGCAAUCCCUCGAUUGCCCGGCUGGAAAGCUGCCAAGCGAUUUUCCAAUCUGGCCAGACCAAAAUUGAUUGUUCAGGGCGUGUGGUGUUGCUGGUUUGGAUUCCACGUCAUCUUGGGCGAUGCCACACAGCCUCAUGACAGCAGCUUCAUCAUGGAGGUCCUGUCCCGUGCCCUAGAGCACAUAGCGUCUGUCAGCCGACGACGCCAGAUCUCAGUGCCAGAAGAGAUCUGCCUGUGGACGGACAAUACUCCUAGAGAAAAUAAGAACCGGACUGUCUUGAUGAACUUAGCAUUGUUAUGUGGACGAGGCCAAUUCAAGAGUUGCACCUUAGCAAACCACAUCAAAGGUCACAGCCACAAUUGCUUAGACCAGGCUUUUGGAUGCUUAGCGCGAUCAUUUCAGUAUGUUGACCGACUGGAAGACAUCUAUGCUGUGAAACGUUCAAUUGAAAACAUCUUGAGCAAAGAUUCUCUUCGAAGUUUUUUGGGCGUUCCAGAAGUGAGUGUGGAAGUCCUUGAGGGGGUGCGUGAUUGGAGUGGGUAUGCCCAAGAUUUAUCUGUCAACCUUGAAGGAGGUAUGCGGGAUGAUGCAACAGGCAUUCACUGCUGGAUGUUUAUGCCCAGGAAGGAUGUGCCUUCAACGUACAACAUUGCUCCGGUGGCUGGAUUUGCUCCCCACCCCUGCGAUGUGGUCCUUUUGGCCAAGCGGUACGUUUGGGACAGCAGGCUAUCGCAGCCGCCGAUUCUGGUUUUGCCUUAUGAGAGGGCAAAAGGAUUUGUGACACGUUUCCCUGUGCCAACAAAGUUGAGACCGCCGAAGACACCUGAAAAUCAUGCCGAGACGUGGUUAAAGGUUGCUAAGGCACUUUUGGAUUGCUACGACCUGCAGCAAGUUCAGCGAUCAGUCCAGUACAUUCGUUCCUUGGCAAGAGGUGAAAGAGGACGAGAUGUCAAUUUCCCUCCACUUCCAUGGAUGGAGUCGUGCAAGGGUUGGCCCGAUGUGGAAAAUCUCAUACCAUAUGAUUGUGGCAUCAUUGCCCACAUGCUUCCGGCUGCGCGGGUGGUGGCCUUGUUGUCAGAUGCUCGCGCAAUGGCUGCCAAAGGAGAACAUCCAGCUGGGCCAAUGUUGAAGAAGUUCAAUGAAGCUGGGCAAGCUGCGCGUGCAGACUUGGAUAAGAUGGUCCAGGCCACUUUGGGCAAUGCAGUGUCUGCUGCUCCUGGGCACGCCCCUCUCAGUGCCUUCGUUCUGGCGCGCGCAAGCAUGCCAACUCAAGAUGGUGCGCUCUUGGACUUGCCCCCCAUCAAUUCCUGGAUCUCGACUUUGGAAGAGAUUCUCGCUGUUGGGUACGAGAACCGAGAGCAGAUCCUUGUGCAAUGGAUGUCAGAUGAGUUCGAAACCCAAGCCAAUCUGGAAACUCCUGGUUGCAUUCAGUUGGCCGGCAAGGGCUUCACACGUUUGAGUUGCUUGUUCUUUUGCUUUGACAAGGGCCACUCCAAGGUUUUUGAAAGGAAGGCAGAUGAGCAAGUGGCAGAGGAUGUGACGCUUUGGGUGGAGUUCUUGAAGAAGGGGUGGCAUGUCAAUGUCAACAUCAUGAAAUUCAAGACAAGCCGCUCUUGCUACUAUGAAUGCUUGCUACAGUCGCAGCAGAUUAAGGAGCGUGCUCCUCUCACAGCCUUGAGCAUGGCAAUCAAGCUGCAAGCUGCCAUGCAGGAUGUGGCCAAGGACAAGGGCAUCGACUUUGCAACAGCUACCUUGAGCGCAAAGCAGACGCUGUGGAAGCAGGUCCUCUUGGAAUUCAACUCUCAUGGAGUCUUGUCCGUCAACAGCAGGUACAAGCUGAAUUGGUACCAGGAAAACUCCAUUAUGAAUCUGUGCUUCCACAGCAGCCCCAGUGCCCUGGUUCUCAUCCAGAAGUCCUUGGACCAGAUCCCCGAAAAGAAGGGGCCGUAUCAGUUGAAGGUGCUUUCGAGCGGUCGAUGGAUUUUGGGGGCAGCCCCUAAAAACCUACAAGCUCCUUGGGACCAAAUCCUCAAAAUGAAUGACUUCAAGCAGACUCUCUUCUUUGAAAUCUGCAAUCAAGAAGCAGCUCGUCAGAAGGGCAACAGCAGUGGCAUGAAGAUCAGCAUCGAAGAAUGGAAUGAGCUGUGUGAUUAUGCUUGCUGGGGAGGGCACGCCUUGGAGAUGUCCGAGAUGAGUGAGGAAGAGGUGAGAUCAGCUCGCCGCCGACUGGUGGAAGGAGACUGGGUUCAGGUGUGCAAGCAGCAGGUGUUAAUCAAAGAUCCGGCAUGGACAAUCAAGGACGAUUUUCCUGGGUUCACUUCAAAAGAUGCGAAUGGCAUGCCAUCGGUUAGCCUCAGCGCGGAGGAUCUGGAGAAGAUGAGCACUGCAGAGCAGGAUGCAAGGUUUAAGGCUGAUCUCCUUGCUCUCAGUGGAGACAUGGCCCGACUUGUGACUUGGAUGUCAGACAAGCAGCGGUCAAACAAGAUGAAGCAACUUGCUGUCAGCAUGCACGUCAGAAACCAAAUUCACAAGGGGCGUCAAGAUGUUCUUGAACCUUUCAUGCAGGGCAAUUGCCACAUGAUCGCCUGCGAAAGCAAUGAACGUUGCAUUGCCGAGUUUGGUGCCUUUGCUCGGAAGGCAGAUGGUGGUGGUGGAAAGGUGGCAAAAUUGCUGUACAUCGAUGCAAACAAAUUCGGCCGAAUGUCCGAUGAUGAGUUGGAUUGCGUCGCAGGUUUUGUGGAGCGCAUUUGCAUCCAAGAUCCUGAAAACACAGCUGCAAUCUUCCUGAUGCCCAACUUGGUGAGCAAGAAGCGGUCCAAAGGCGACAGAGAAGAGCGACAGCGAGUUGAAAGGAAAAGUGAAGCGAAGGGCCUCAUCCCCUUGCUGACAACCAUCAGGAUGUCGGGAUCUGGAUUGCACGGCAAUGACAACCGAAGCCUUGUCUACCACUGCUACAUCCUUAUCUCUGACUGCAACAAGAGGAACCUGUUUGAGGAGAGCUUUAUGAUGAGAAGGUGCUGUACCAUUGAAGCCAACUGGCUGAACAACUCUGAGGUCUUCGUGACGCAUGCAGAGCCGGGGCAAGCAUCCCACCUUGGCAAUUUGUCAGAGGAGCGGAGGGCAGCCCAGAUCUUGGGUGGAGAGUCGGUUCCAACACGAAUCUUUGAGGCCAUGACCUUGAACUGCGAGGUGGUCCCAAAGCCCUUGUUGAAGUCAGCGUCAGACCAAGUGAUUGUUGGCCACUAUUCACCAUAUGAUGGUUGCGUCGAGAAAACGAUCCUCAAGAUGAACAUUGGUGCACACAACUCCUGGAAGGUUGUCUCCACUGGCUUGCGGGCAGAUCAUUUGGUGGCUGCGCGAAACCAUGUUGCAAAGUGUCUCCUUCAAGAUUGGAAGUCAGCAAGUUGGAAAUUGCUACCUGAACAACACUUGAAAUUCCAGGCUGCUUUAUCAGCAGAAGAUGAGAAGAAGGUUCAAGUGGCGGCCCCGCCUACUUUGCAGAUGGUGGUGCUGGAUGAAGGUGGAGCAGCCACCCUAUCCCAGGAUGUGAGACGUCGCUGGGCCUCAGACAUUGUCUAUGGCCCCGAUUGGAUAGCGGAGGUCUCCAAGUUCGACACCAUGUUGGCCCAGCACAAUGCAGUGGUUGCCCAAGCCGCUGCCGCUGCAGCAGAAGCUCCAGUCCAAUUUGAAGGUGAGUGGUCCAUCAUUGAGAGAGAGGCAAUUCCUGAAGGAACUGUGCACGAGUUCGCCACUGAUGUCGAUGGCAACUUGAAGUUCCUCCUGUGGAUCAAGGAUGAUCAGACUAAGUUGUAUCUGACCUCGACCUCAGAUGUUGCUGUGCCCCUGGACAAGCCGAUCUUCUGGCAUGCGCGGACGGAUUGGUUCCGGCCGCCAAAGAGCACCCGCCUUCUUGCCAAUUCUGAUGAGACCAAGAUCCAUGUCUUUGAUGUUGUUUGCGAGGUUCCCCGGGGCGAUGCAAAUGGAACAGAAGAUUCGGCCCCUGCAUCCCUGCGGACCAUUCUGCAGGAGGCAGAAGCAAGUGGGCUGCUGGAUCUAAAGAUCUUUGGCCAUUCGGUGAAGCGCCCGGCUGGUGCUGCUUUGUCCACGGCGGAGGAAGAUUACUUUGUGAUUGAAGCUGAGGGAGAUGCGGACUCCCGUUGGUGUUUGCGCCCAAAGGCCUUCCCUGAGGCAUCUGCUGUCAAUGUGAACAAUGCAGCGGAUUUUUUUCCUGCAGCACAGCUGGUGGAAAGCCAACGGAUCGCUGUGCUGUGGCGUGUUGCCGUGGAUCCCAACUCUGGGAUGUUGGUUCCCAAGAAGCCGCUCUACUUCAUUGCCCAUGAAGCUCAGACAUUGAAGUUGGCAAGUGCGAUAUUGCAGCAAAGUGACACCGUUAAGCAGAGAUGUGCAAGCCAUGGCCGGGUUUGCAAAGUCUGGCCCAAACUUGCCCUUGAACUUGUCACGACCAUGGCGGGUGAUGACUGGCUAGGGGACAUUGAGCUGGAUAUGGUGGGCGAGCAUUUGAGAGGUGCUCCACGUCCUUCAGCCUUGCGCCCUUCACAUUCUCUUCCUGCCAUUGCUUCUUCUGGUGGAAGCCCUGAUGCCGCUGGUGGUGGACGUGGACGCCCUGCAGCACCUCAUCCACACAACCAUGGUGGCGCUGCUUCCUCCAGGCCAGGCUUGCAGCGCAUGUUCGCAGCAAUUUCUGUGCGCAACAGCAGCAAAGGGGCAGAGACACCAGGUACUGGUGAGGAGGCUGAUGGUGAGAAAAUUGAUGAUGAGGAGAAAAACAAGUUGAAAGCUGAAGUUACUAAGGAGUUGAAGGAUGCCACUGCCAUCAGCACUGCCAUGAAAAGGCCGGCGAGUGUGGCAAAGCCAAAGGGAAAGGGCAAAGGAAAGCCGAAAGGAAAGCCGAAAGGAAAGCCGAAAGGAAAGGCGAAAGGAACAGCCAUUGCUUCUUCUUCGAAGCCCGAGGCAGAAGAUGUGAAUGGAGAUAGUGAAGAUGAUGGUGAGGGUGACACGCCCCAGAAGAAUGAGAAAAAGCCAGAAGAUGACAAGCUGGAGACACCCAAAGCUCCCUCCAAAAAGGACAAGGACAACAAGGAGACUGAGGCUACACCAAAAGCUUCUCCCAAAAAGACCGUGGACACUUCUUCACCCAAGGACUCCAAGAAGAAAGCGGCUCCCAAGGCGGUUGGAAAGGCCAAGAACAAGGCGGCUCGCAAGGUGAAAGCAACUUGUGCUGAUCCUAGCAAGUCUAUCUUUGACCAUCGCAACAAGUUCAUUGCAGCAAAGAAAAAAGAGUUCAAGGAGGCCGGUCGCAAUCUCACGAAGAAGGAGGCCCACACGACAGCUUGUGAGCUCUGGCAGAAGUCCGAAGAGAAGCAGGUGACACUAAAUCAAUGCAAAGGGUAUCAGCAGCUAGGUCAACCCAAAAGCCCCUCAAAGCUCUGCGUUUUUGAUUUGGUGGCAUGGCUUUGGAGCUUAAAGCGACACGAUGCCGUGCUCCUGCUCCAGCACAUGCUGAUUGUGAACCCAGAGGGAUGGGUGCAGGCCUCGCAGAAGGCAAAGCCGACUGACGCUGAUGACAAAGUGGUUUCCCUCUACCAGAAGGGGGUGGAGAUUCAUUGCGCUGAAUUCUUUGUUCACCUCUGCAAGAGCAAGGAUGAGUUUUCCGCGCCCACCUUCAUGUUUCCCAACCACCUCUUUGUCUGUCUAGAGAAGUUCGAAGUCCUCGUUGUCAAGUGCAAAAAUUUGAAUGUGGCAAAGAAGUCCAAGGAUGAUGAGGAAAACGAAAUCCUUUUGAUGUAG